AUGUCAGAGACGACGUUUAUUUGGAAGUACGAAGAAGAAGGUUCAAAAUUGGCAGCUCACCUAAAAAAUGUAUACCUCAGUCCGUGGGUUCCUCAGAACGCUCUGCUAGCUGAUCCUCGUCUCACUGUUUUCGUCACUCACGGAGGACUAGGCAGCACGAUGGAGCUUGCGUAUAUGGGAAAACCAGCGCUGUUGAUUCCUCUCUUUUCUGAUCAAAUGCGGAAUGCAUAUAUGAUGGGCGAGGCAUGGAGGAUGUAUUGUUUUGAAGAGGAAUGA